AUGAAAAAAGGUGACUACUUGUAUGAUGAUGUUUUUGGCAAGACUAAUUUCUUUAACCCCUUGCCUGUAAUAGAGAAGGCAGCACCUGCAGUUCUGGACCUAGCAGAGAUCUCAACUCUUGGGGAUCAUAAGAAGCUUGGAGAUUCCAUCCUCAAUGUUCUCCAGGAAUGCAUUCAGUCACAUGGGACAGGUCGCAACUCUGUCAGUAAUCGAACAAAAGAAGACAAAGAAGAAAUAUUGCAUUCGAGGGAGAGAUUCAAAUGGGAAAAGAGUAUGCCUAAAGAGGAUCUCCAUAUUAAACAAGCUGCAGCGUUGGUCGUAAAACUGGAAGGCAAUUCCCUAUUUUCAUCAGGAAAUAUCUCGGGAGCAGCAUCAAAGUACUCAGAGGCACUAGCAUUGUGCCCGGUAAGAUCUAAGAAAGAGAGAGUUGUGUUGUACARCAAUCGUGCCCAGUGUWAUCUUUUGUUGCAACAACCAUUGGGUGCUAUAAGUGAUGCUACUCGUGCUCUUUGUCUUCAUWRCCCGGUUAAUCGACAUGCCAAAAGCCUCUGGAGAAGAGCACAGGCUUAUGAUAUGCUUGGUCUAGCUAAAGAGAGCUUGUUGGAUGCUAUUCUGUUCAUAAACGAGUGCUCUCAAUCAACAGAUCCUGAUUUGUCUUCUAGACAGAACAAAGUCCCCGACUAUGCAGAGCGGUUGGUUAAGAAGCAGAUGCAUGCUGCUUGGUUGUUUAGGGAAGCUGCUAUUAACAUGGGAGCAUCGAUUGUGAGGCGGAUGUUGGCGAUGUCUAUGGACAAGGGAGUGAUGACUCUGAAUGGGAGACUGCCAGUGAAAGUGAUGUAG